UACAGCAGCAGAGGAAAAUAAAGAAGGUGACAACUCGUGUAUGAAAGUUCCUCGCCUUUUAAUAUUUCAUGAAAAAACAAAAAUGUGUUCAACUGAGAAGCUGAGAGAGUUUGUCGUCGAGCGGCUAACUGCUGCCGCUGAAGACAUUUUUGGAGUUUUUCAGAGAACUAUCGUCGAGUAUGAGGCAGAGAUCGAUCGACAGCGCAGACUGCUGGACAUCGUUCAGAAACCUCACAUCGACAUACACAGAAUAGAUGUCCCACGGCAACAUGCUUGUAAAGAGGAAGAUGUUGUGGCUGACCAGCAGCUCUGUGAUCAGGAGAGGAACUUCAGUCUGGACCAAGAGGAGCCAGAGCCUCCACAAGUUAAGGAGGAACAGGAGGAACUCUGCAGCAGUCAGGAGGUAGAGGAGAUCAUGGUAAAGCAAGAGACAGACAAACUCAUGUUGACUCCUACUGAUGAGGACCAUUACCACAGUGAACCUGAACAACAAAAUAAACAGCAUCACCUCUCUCACAACUCCCAUGUCACUGAGAAUCAAGAUCCCCACGGAAGCAAGCAUGAUGACUCAGAAUUAAGUGGAAAUAAAGAAGCAACACUUAUUCUGAAAACUGAAACAUCAGAGAUUGACUGUAAUCUUUACCAAAGUCAAAAGUCUUUCAGUUGUGACCCAUAUGAUGAAGAGGUUAAGAGCAAGUCAGAAUUACAGACACAUCAGCGUGUCCACAAUAAAAAGGAGAUGCAUUCAUGCCAGAUUUGUGGGAAAAUGUUCAGCUGCAAGUAUAAUUUGACUAAACAUUUAAAAUCCCACGCAGGUGAGAGGCCAUUUUCAUGCAACACAUGUGCAAAAAGAUUCUUUCGGCUGUCUCACUUGAACGCUCAUUAUAAAGUUCAUACACAGGAAAGGUUAAUUACAUGUGAAACAUGUGGCAAAACUUUCAGAGAUAAUAGUGACUUAAAGAGUCACAUGAGAACUCACACAGGUGAAAAGCCAUACUCAUGUGAUACCUGUGGGGCAUCAUUUACCAUGAGAAGUAAUUUAAAUCAGCACAUACGAAUUCAUACAGGUGAAAAGCCAUAUGCCUGUGACCACUGUGGUAAAUCUUUCAAAUAUAAAUGUGUGUUAAAAAAUCAUACAAGAACACACACUGGGGAGAGACCUUACUCCUGCAGCACAUGUGGAAAAGGAUUCACUCAGCUGAAACAAAUGAAAAUUCACAUGAGAAUACACACAGGUGAAAAACCAUACUCCUGUGAUACCUGUGGGAAAUCAUUUACGCAGAAAAAUCAUUUGGAUAAGCACAAACGACUUCAUACUGGUGAAAAACCAUUUUCUUGCAAUGAAUGUGACAGGUCUUUCAUAGAGUUCAGUGUCUUAGCAGCUCACAUGAGAAGAGCUCACACAGGUGAGCGUCCAUACCUUUGUAAGACCUGCGGGAAAAGAUUCUUUGAUUCAUCGAAUCUUUCACGACACAUGAAAUCACACACAGACAAGUAGCCAUGUGUACACUGAUGUGGUGGAGGUGACUGAGUGCCAGUAAAAGUUGUAUCUCUGUAUUAAACACAAACACACAUUUUCCCUUUGAGAGGAGGUUCUCAGCGCCUUGCAGAUGUCUGAAGAUGUCUUUAACUGAUGGUUUUGCUUUCAGUAGUCCUUCAAUGUAUUUUUAUAUUUCAAUGAUGUUGGUGACUUUGUGUGAUUAUUUUUUUCCCAUGUUUUAUGUUCUUUUUUUUUCCUUGCAAAGAAAAUUUCCCUUCAGACAUUAAAGUUGAAGUGGUGUACAGAUGCUGCUAAUUUUCAUCAUUUUCUGCCAGGAACAAUAACUCAUUAUGUAGCUUUUACCCAAAAAUUAUUUUAAAAAAUUCUGUGUAGUUUUUUAAUGUAACAAAACCUCAGCCAUUGGAGGGCUGAUCCCAACAAUGCAUAGCAGCUGUGUAUUAAAAGUGUCUUCAAGGCAUUUAGGUUUGGCUUAGAAAUGACUUUGUUUUUCUCA